UUCUGCCCCAGAUCUUUCCUGGACAGUGAGGCUCAGCCGCCGAGAUCCGAGCCGGGGGCCCGGCCGCCGGGGAGGGCGUGGGAGCUCGGGCCGCCUCUCCCCGCCUCUUCCUUAGUUAGAGGUGCGGUGACUUCCCCGGCGGCGCGGCGCGGGGCUGGCCAAUGGAGAAUGCUGCCGCGGAGGGAGGGGACCCCGACUCCACAAGUUCGUGCGCGGCGCUGUCAGGCUCCGGCAGCAGCAAGAUGACGGGCGCGCGGCGCGGACCCAGAGCUCCCCGGACGCCACUCCGUCCCGCCUGAGCGAGGCUGCGGUUCCCGAGGCCCUGUCCAGCCGGGACACGCGGAAAGCCGGGACCUCUGACUUCCAAGCUCCCCGCCUCCGCCUCGCCCUCCAGCGCCCUCUAGCGUCCGCCGGGGAAGCGCCGCGCGGCCAAGGCUUGGGACGCCGGGGCGCGCCAUGGGGUCCACCAGCAGCUCCCUCUCUGACUACUCCAACUAUGACGUCAUCAUCCGGCAUUACAACUACACGGGGAAGCUGAACCUGGGCCAGGACAAGGACGGCGGCCUCAAGGUGACGUCCGUGGUGUUCAUCCUCAUCUGCUGCUGCAUCAUCCUGGAGAACAUCUUCGUCCUCCUGACCAUCUGGAAAACCAAGAAGUUCCACCGGCCCAUGUACUACUUCAUCGGCAACCUGGCCCUCUCGGACCUGCUGGCGGGGGUGGCCUACAUCAUGAACCUGCUCUUCUCCGGGGCCAACACCUACAAUCUGACGCCCGCGCAGUGGUUCCUGCGCGAGGGCAGCAUGUUCGUGGCGCUGUCCGCGUCCGUGUUCAGCCUGCUGGCCAUCGCCAUCGAGCGCUACAUCACCAUGCUGAAGAUGAAGCUGCACCACGAGAGCAGCAGCUCGCGCUCCUUCCUGCUCAUCAGCGCCUGCUGGGUCAUCUCGCUGGUGCUGGGCGGCCUGCCCAUCAUGGGCUGGAACUGCCUCGGCCUGCUGCCCAGCUGCUCCACGGUGCUGCCGCUCUACCACAAGCACUAUAUCCUCUUCUGCACCACGGUCUUCACCGUGCUGCUGCUCUCCAUCGUCAUCCUCUACUGCCGGAUCUACUCGCUGGUGCGCACGCGCAGCCGCCGCCUGACCUUCCGCAAGAACGCGUCCAAGGCCAGCCGCAGCUCGGAGAAGUCGCUGGCGCUGCUCAAGACGGUGAUCAUCGUGCUGAGCGUCUUCAUCGCCUGCUGGGCGCCGCUCUUCAUCCUGCUGCUGCUGGACGUGGGCUGCAAGGUGAGGACCUGUGACAUCCUCUUCAAGGCCGAGUACUUCCUGGUGCUGGCGGUGCUCAACUCGGGCACCAACCCCAUCAUCUACACGCUCACCAACAAGGAGAUGCGCCGCGCCUUCAUCCGCAUCAUGUCCUGCUGCCGGUGCCCCAGCCCCGACACCCCCGGCAAGUUCAAGCGCCCCAUCAUCGCGGGCGUGGAGUUCAGCCGCAGCAAGUCCGACAACUCCUCUCACCCCCAGAAGGACGAUGGGGACAACCCAGAAACCAUCAUGUCCUCUGGGAACGUCAACUCCUCUUCCUAAGACGGGAAGCUGCCAGCCCACGGGGAGUGUUCUUGCACGGCCACCCGCCGCCCAGUGUUUGGAAAAACAUCUCCGUGCCUGGUGCCUGGACUGCUGCCAGGGAGGAGCUGCCGGAGCCGGAGCCGGAGCCAGAGGGGGUGCGGGGCGAGCAAAGGGCCCGUGACGCAGGGUGGGGUCGGAGGGUACAGUGAGUCCUGUGAACAAUGCGCCGGGAAGGGUGGAGAGCGGUCCGCGGGCCUGGAGCCUACUUCCUCUCCCUGAGCUUUGAUUUUGCACUGAGCCAGAGGUCAGCAUGGCCAAGCUCCCGGCGGGGUCGUGCGGCCCCUCCUGGAAGCCCGAGGUCCCCGGGGAAAGUGUCGUCUGGAGCUUUGAGGAGAAGAUGUUUCUUCACUUGAGUUGCCAGCUACAUGCGCACUUCUGCUUCUCCAGGGAUGCUCCAGGCCCCGCCCCUCCUUCCCCGGCACACCCCUCCUCGGCAUCCUCCCACCGGGUAUCUAACUGCCUGGCAUGCAUCAGGCUGGGGUGGCCUGGUCCAUUGCUCCAGCAUCGGUAGCUGGUGGGCUUGUCCAGGAAGCAGACGGAGGAGCUGGAGCCAGUUCGGACAUGGGGGGCAGUUUCAUUUGCUGAGGCCAAAGUUUCCACGCAAGCUGGAUCCGUUGUUUUUGGAAUUUGGUUGUAGUCACUUUGAUUUUUUUUUUUUUUACAUCUUUACAAUGGAAUGUGUGACAGUAUCCUGCCAUUGUGCCUGAAAUCUGCAUGGGGAAGCCCAGCUUAUCUAACGGUAUCAGCCAGGACCCUUCACGUCCAGGAGAGACAAAGGCCCCACACGAGGAGAGCACCCACUGCGGGGGAGGGAACUGUCCACCAGGAGGGAUUUCCUAACGAAUUUGCCUAACAAACACCACGUCGGUCCUGGGCACUUUUGUCGAUGUUUCUUACGGAGUGUGUGUGAAGCAUUUCCACCAGGGGUGGUAUCUUGUUGUGUUAAAAGUACUCUUCAUGAUUGUUGAAUGUAUGGGUUUCAGCAUUUUAUUGGAUUUUCCUAACCUGUGUUAACACCACUGAAUGUGUAUUUCUUAAGAAAGUGUCACCCUCUUGUGCCCUUAAAGCAUUACUUUAACUGGUAGGGAACCCAGAAGUUUCCAGUACAGCUGUGUUUUAACUAGUUCAUUGGGCAUGCGUGUAAAUGUUACAAAGAAUAAAAUGUAUUGCUGUCUCUUUAGUAUGGUUUCCAGUGCAAUUAAACCAAGAAAUGUCUUUUUUUUAAAAACAUAGUAUUUAAUAGUUUUCUGACUUUUGUGGAUCAUUUUGCACAUAGCUUUAUCAACUUUUAAACAUUAAUAAACUGAUUUUUUUAAAGA